UGGUUGUCCGCGACAACACCACAACACCCAGCGGAACCUCCGGUGGACCAUUAUGACAUCACAAUGCCCACUCCCCUAUAUAAGUCACCGCUCCUCAGUCCAAUGCUCAGUGCUGAUCAGAGAGUCGAGCGUAAGCAUUACCUUGUAAUCACUGAGCAAGCACAGCAGCGUUUUACCCAGGUAGCGUUUGUUCUACUAUUGAGCAAGCAAACGAUGGGGAGUAGACGUGUGAGGAACCGGAAGAGGCAACCGAAACCUGAGGACCUCAUCCAACAGGAGAGCCUCCACCAGGAGAGCCUCCACCAGGGGUCCCUCCGACAGGAGGGUCUCCACCAGGAGUCCCUCCAACAGGAGGGUCUCCAUCAGGAGGGUCUCCAACAGGAGGGUCUCCACCAGGAGAGCCUCCAUCAGGAGGGUCUCCAACAGGAGAGCCUCCACCAGGAGGGUCUCCACCAGGGGUCCCUCCAACAGGAGGGUCUCCACCAGGGGUCCCUCCAACAGGAGGGUCUCCACCAGGGGUCCCUCCAACAGGAGGGUCUCCAUCAGGAGAGCCUCCAACAGGAGGGUCUCCACCAGGAGUCCCUCCACCAGGAGGGUCUCCAACAGGAGAGCCUCCAACAGGAGUCCCUCCACCAGGAGAGCCUCCACCAAGAGAGUCUCCCCCAAGAGACUCUCCACCAGGAGAGACUCAAACGUAUGGUAAUCAUCGUUUACCUAAGCAGACACCUGGUCACAGACAGCGGUGAGGGACUCCAACCGGAGGGUCUCCAACCGGAGGGUCUCCAACCAGAGGGUCUCCACCAGGAGGGACUCCAACCGGAGGGUCUCCAACCAGAGGGUCUCCUCCAGGAUGGACUCCUCCAACGGGAGGAACUCUACCAGGGGGGUCUCCAACAGGAGGGAACACAACUAGAGGGACUCCAGGCGGAGGGACUCCAAGAGGAGGGACUUCAUCAGGAGGGUCUCAACCAGGAGGGACCCCACCAGGAGGUUCUCCAACCAGAGGGUCUCCAGCAGGAGGGUCACUACCAGGAGGGACCCCACCAGGAGGAACUCCAUCAAGAGAGUCUCCACCAGGAGAGUCUCCACCAGGAGGACCUCCAAGCAGAGGCCAGGCUACCUCCGAGACCGGACGGGACAUCAGAGAGCCUCAAACAUAUGGUGAUCACGGUUUACCUAUGCGGCCCUAUGAUCAGCAGACACCUGGUCACGGACAACGGUGAGGGUCUCCAACCAGAGGGUCUGCACCAGGAGGGACCCCCACAUGAGGAAACCCCACAGGAGGGUCUCCAAGAGGAGGGUCUCCAACCAGAGGGUCUCCAGCCAGAGGGUCUCCAAGAGGAGGGUCUCCAAGAGGGGGGUCUCCAACCAGAGAGUCUCCACCAGGAGGGACCCCAACAUGAGGGUCUCCCCCAGGAGGGACUCCAAGAGGAGGGCGAGAUGGUGAGGACACCGGGGGUAUUGGAGGCUGAGGAGGACGCGUUCCAGCUGGAGAUGCCAACUGACCAUGGCAACCCCCACGUUGUCAUCCGUCAUUAUCCCAUUGACGCCGUGGUCUUCAUCCUCAACCAGGAUCAACCUCCAGCCACCGCCCUGCCAGGUGUAGUAGCGAUCGAGGAGAAACCUUUUGUCGUUAUGGGCUGUACAGAACCUGUGGCUCCCCGUAACAACACUGAGAUCUCGGUCACACCCAACGAAGAAGGGGAGGAACCUGUACAGCAGCCCAAAGGAAAGAGCCUCGGGUGGAGAUUGCUAAAUUGGCUCAGUGUGGUGAAGGAGAAGGAGCCAAACAAUAAGAGGAAUGCCGGGACCAACCUUAAGGAGGACACGGAGGAACACCUCAUCUCCAGCAAAGCGUAUAAACGUCAGGCAGCUUUGCUCCGUACAAAGCUCUCGAUGGCUGAGGGAGGGCAGAUGAGGAUGAAAAUCUACCGGGCUGAACGCCGGGAGCAGAAGGAGGCUCAGAGGCUGAAGGAGGAGCAGCGCUACGAGCAGUGGGCUGCUGAACGGGGCCUCAGCGAUGCAGGAGAGGGGCCAGCAGACGGGCCUAAGAAAAGGAUGACCAGAUUGCAGAAGGUGUCUUUGGGAUUGGUCGCCCUGUGCCAAUAAGCCGAUCCCCUCCAUCCGGCCACCCCCGGUGCGGGUCACCUGUACAUAUAUACAUAGAAGCAUAAUAAAACUCAAAGAAUACAAAAGAAUACAAAAGAACACAAGACAAUACAAGACCUCUUUUGGUCCGAAGUCUGUGCUGCAAUUUCGAGCUUAAAAAAAUUAAAAUAAAACUCAAAGCCUCGAAGACAGCAUAGCUCUAUGGACCAAUCUCCCAUGGCCAUGGGAUCCCCAUCAUCUCAGGGCGUCUUUCACAGGACAACAGGCCAAGAAAAGAGCAUCUCAAAAUGGAAGCAUCAACUGUAUGUUUCCACUGCCUGUCAUACUGUGUAUUACACUUUUGUAUUUGACUGUACUAUUCAUAUUCGAUGAC